ACCACAUGUCAGCUGCUAUGGUGGUGUGAGACCAAGGUUGUUCAGAAUCUUGAUCAUGCAGUGCAACACAAAUUGUCAUUGUAGCUAACGGUAAUUUUCUAUAUAAAUAAUCCUGGAUUUCUUUUUUUUUUUCUUUCCCUCUAAUUGGAUGACAAGCCUCUGGAACGAUCCAUUUGGAAUGAAUUUCAAAAAGGCCAAGAAAGUAACCGCCAUUGUUGUUGAAAAGCCUGCAAGCAAAGAGAAAGAAAAGCCGCCAUCUAAAGCUCCUUGUGUUUCUCCCCCUCACUCUAUCUGCUACUGUGUCAAUUAUUAUCCUCAACCUUACUAUCCGCCCAUGUUUCCACAGCAACCAUGUGUCUGCCAUCAAUCAAAGCCUACUCCACCACCACCGCCACCAAAGGAAGAAAAGAAAAAGGCUCACAAGUGCGUACUGGCGUGUACACCUGAGAAUAAAUGCGCAGCAUGUAAAAAAGCUGAGGAACCUAAGAAGGUGUAUUAUGUAGUACCGUCUUUUUCUAAUCCCAGAACUGUGUAUCGUGUCAGUGUGAUGGAAGGGAAAUCAUAUACAACAAAGUGAUCUCUUAUUAUUUUUUUACUCUAUAAAUAUAAUUU